AUUCCUCUUCAUUUGGCUUGCAUGAAAGGAAAUUUGGAAAUCGUUAAACGUCUUUUGGAUAAUACCGCAAAUAUAAAUGCUGUUGAUGUCAAUGGUGAAACUCCACUUAUGAAAGCCAUACGAUUUGGACAUCUAGGUUGCAUUAAUCAAUUAGUUCAACAUGGUGCUGAUGUUAACAUUUGUGAUAAAUAUGGCAAUGCACCUAUUCACCGAGCUAUACAACUAGGUCGUUUGGAUAUUAUCCAAUUACUUCAUCGUAAUAACGCUAAUAGUAAUGCGUGUAAUAAUAUGGGGGUAACUCCACUGCAUAUCGCUGUAGAAAAGAACAGUAUGUCGUUGUCCAAGUAUCUAAUUAGCGAAGGAGCUGACAUAAAUUGUGUUGAUGGAAAAGGAAGAAGUCCAUUAAUGAUUGCCGCUAAAAUCGGAAGCGCUCAUCAUAUGCGGCUUUUGAUCGACUCCGGGGCAAUUAUUGAACUUCGUGAUAAAGAAGGAUUAACUGCAGCUCAAAUCGCUAAGUUGGCGCAGAAUUUCCAUUGCUACGAGGUGCUAAUUGAUCAAAGUCUGGCUCACAAUUCGUCCCCCGCAUCAUCACACAAUCAGAAAGUGGGAAUUGAACGCAGUCGAAAGCGCAAAAUGGACUCGUUGAAUAGAAAAGAGGUCGUCGUUUUAGUGGGAAGAGAUGAUGAGCGCAGUGAUGGGGAAAUUAGUGACAAAACCGUUCGAAAUGACACUUCUACCAUGACUUCAAAACGAGCUCAUUCGUGUGAUGUUUCCGAUACAAGACGACCUUCUAAUAAAGUGAAUGUGCUGAUGAGAUCUUCCACCACAUCAAUGGAUCGGGAAAAUGAUAAUAAAAGGGUCAGGCUACCAAAUACACCCCGCACAAAGGGUUAUAAAAAGCCAGACAACACCUUCGACAGCGGAACUGUGGGAAGAAAGAGGAAGGAUCGCGUGGCUCACCUGAAGGAAAAAAUCGAAAAUGAUUUGAAGGUGCUUCCACAACCAAAUCAUGUAGUGGAAAGUGUGACUAAUGAUGGAGACUCCGAAAGUCCAUUUGGUACUUUGAAUGCCGAGGUGCCAGAAGUAAAGAACUCGAAUAAUAUGGGAUCGUCGUCCGUAAUGUUCGUAGAAGAAGAAUCGAAGUACAACGUUGAAAACAGUGGAGAAUCAGAUUGCGAGAGUGCGUGGGGCUCAACCGAAGAAGAUGACCAACCCGAAAUUAGCAGCAAGCCAACUGUAAACGAACAUUUACAAGAUAGCCUUUGGGACAGUGAAGUUGAUGACAGUAAAGAGGAGAAAGAGGCUAAUGAAAUAUCCGUCACAUCAAUAACCCAAAUCAGUGAAACAUCUGGCCCGAAUUUCUCCUUGCUGGAGGAUGCUGCCAAAGCUUUGAAAGUGAUAGCUCAGGAUCACUUAUCUGCUAGUUCCCCUAAACCUUUUCACUCUCGUAUAAAAAACUCAUCACUUAUUCUUGAUGAUAUACCACAUCGAGAUUCAAAUUGCGAUCCUUCUAUCAUCAAUGAAUGCAGCGAUGAAGUUCUCAACAACAUCUCCACGGGUGCUCAAAAUAAUCACAUCAAAAAUCAGGAAAAUUUGAGGAAUAUUAAGGGUGUAGCGUCAUCAAUUUCUGAUUUCUCUCAAACAAAAUGUAGAAUUUCAGAGAAUACUAAAAACCCUUUAUCGAAUCAGAGUCGGAAAUCGAACAGUUUGAAAUCAGGCGAAGCCUACUCAACUCCAAGUUUGAGCAUCGAAAGUGAAGAAAACGUAGACAAGUUACCUACCUCGGCAAAAUAUCAAAGAACGAUGUUCCUUCCAUUUCCAACCGAUGCUUCUAAGGUGGAAGCUCUUUCUCAAAACCAAAACAAUAUUGAGCAACCGGUGUCACCUCAAGUUUCUAAAUCCCACGAAACCACUAUGAGGGCAUCGGAUAGUAUUGAUUAUUCAAAAGAGAUGGAAUUUCUUCAAGAACAACUUGUGGAGUCCUUGAAAGUCCUGGAACGUGAGGAAUCAUCACAUCGUGCACUAGAAAUGGAGCUCAAUGGCGCAUGUCAACAGCUUCUCACAUCCCCCCUUGCCCAACGUGAAGGUAGCUCUUCACAAAAAGCAUUUGAACCGAUUCUCAAACUCGAACAGCUUCGAGAGAGACUUGACGAAGAGAAAAAUCGAAGACUAAGGCUGGAAGGAGUCUAUAAGUCCUUGAAGAACCAACUUUCUGAAAAGGACGAAGAAUUGUUUAGGAUCCAUUCAAUUUGCCAAGACAUGGAUGCAGAGCUUCAAAAUAUCAAGAUGGAACUGAAGGAGUCAGAGGCUGUGAAAGCAAAGAUGAAAGUUGAAUACAAUGAGAGUAUCCGCAGUUUAAAGGAGAGAAACACCAAAAUAACACUGGAUAGAUCAUCGUCACCUAUUGGCGAAUUCCAGGGUUAUUCAAAGAUGGCGCUAUCGUGUAUCCGAAGUGAUCUUAUUGAUACCAAAGCGAAAGUGCAAUUUGAUACGCAAGAAAUUCAGAGCACUCUCCUCCGCCUUCAGGACACCAUUUUGGAACAGAUCAGCAGCUAUUCUAACCAUUCAUCUGUAGAGAAUGAUCGUCUUAGGCACCUUAAUCGCGAUCUUGAGAUAUUAAAUGACAAGAACAAUGCUGGAUAUGAGGAGAAGUUGAAAGAAAUGCAAGAUAAGUUGAAUUCUCUUCAAAACGCGGCUAACAAGAAAGAAGACCUCUUGCAAGAUAUGACGUCCAUAGUGAAUAGAGAACGCGAAAAUGUAAAGAAAUUGGAGAGACGAGUGAGUCAAGACGAUGAUGAACUGAAACAAAUGACCCACGAGAUCGAGGAAAGUCGUAAACACGAAAAGGAUGCGUUCAAGUGGAUUGUCUGUCUAUUUAAACAUCUGAAAUCUUUGGAACAAAGUACCUUUGCAAUGCAUACGCAUUUGAAUUGUGUAUUUCGAAAAUAUUACAAUGCGGGCGAUAGUCAUCCGAAGUUCUUGCUCGUUGAAGAGGUCUCAAAGAUGGUGGAAUUGCAGGGAGUUUUGGAUUCCGUUCAGAAAUCGGCUAAAAAUACUCUGGCUGAAAUUACGAGCUUCCUUCCGGAAUUGAAUUCCGUUGAAGAAACAAAUUUUCAACGGAAUGAGAGCCUUUUAGAGAAGAUCGCGUUUCCACCUGAUUUCGAUCACAGUCGGUACAUCGAGGAAUAUCUCGUAGAAAGAAUCCUCCAACUCAAAGACACCGAAACAUCCAAUGCACAGCUGUCUAAACCCCAAAGUUCUGAAAGCAUUCGAGUGACAGUCGAUAGAGAAGUUCAAAAUAUAUUCACUGAAAGUGUAGGAACAAUGACAGAUCACAAUAUUUUUAUAAACAAUCCUUUGCCGACACCCGCUGGAGUUGAGUUUACGAAGAAAUUCUCUCCUACUGGAUCAUUUGAACAUAAUUGUAUAAAUUCGUACCCAAGUGGACAGAAUUCAAUGAGGAAUGCUCGUUACUGUGAAUCCGCUGAACUGGAACAAUUACGUGAAGAAAAUGAGAUCCUUCGGAGGAAAUUCAAUCAAAUGACGAAAAGGAAUAAAUCGUCUUGUGAAUGCGUAAGAGUGGUGCAAACAAGUGAUACCUCUGAGACGGAAAUGAGGAAAGGAACGAAGGGGAAUUCAUCCAAGAAAAAAUGCUGUCGUCGCAAGGAGUUACAUAAUGUUGAUUCUUCGCCUACGCGUGAACGCCUUCGACGAAGAAUUCACGACUUGGAAGCCGAAAGAAAUCGAAUUUUGAUAGAAAAGCAAGUUCUGGAAGAUGAUGCUCGUGCAGAACAUCGACUUGCCGAAAAGUUGUUAUCUCAAAGUCUUCAAAAACGCCGAUCCAGCAGGCACUUAACUCAUAGGUAUGCGUCGGCUAGAAAAAGUAAAUACGUUGAAAGCACCACUGAAUCUUCUUGUGCAUCUGACAGCUCAAUGGAUGUGCCUUGUAGCAAGGCAAAAGUAGUCAAAUCAAAAUCAAAUGCUGUAAAGAAAAACGACUUCGAUAUGCACGAUGGAUCUGCUAGUAAGCAACGCAACAGUGGACCAAUCAUUCGUCCGAAUACCUACGCUGGCUCAAAAGAUACAUAUACAGAUCGAACCCCAUCAAGGGACUACACAAGCACUAAAGCACAUAAUCCUAUAUCGGCUACUAGUCUGCUGCUACAGAAGGCUCGAAUGAACCUGCAAGCUGUUGAAAGAAAUUUACACACUACCUCUGCCGCGUCUGGUGUUAACUCGCCGGAAUAUUUGGAAUAUUUAAAGAACAAGUACCUUAUAUAA